CCGAAGUACGAUGGAAUGGGAGGCACCAAGACGACGGAGGAGGAUAACAACAGGCGAUGCCACAACUGUAAUUCCAGAGGUCAUCUUGCCAAGGAGUGCCGCAAGCCGAAGAGGGAGCCGGGAUCAUGCUAUGCGUGCGGAGAGAUGGGUCAUUUCAUAGCGGAAUGCAAGAAGAAGAAGAAGGGUGUUGGUGUACUCAACGUAAACACCGGGCUCAACAACAAUUAUAAUGCCUCAUAGACUCAGGAAGCCCUAUUUCAUUUCUGAAGAAAUCAUCAUUUCCAUUGAAUAUACCACUGGAUAAACCGGUCAAUAAUCUCUAUGUUGGAAUCAAUAAAAGCAAAUUAAAUACAUUUGGAAUAGUAUCUUGUUUUGUAACGAAAAGAAAAAUAAAAUUUAAUUUUGAUUUACUAAUAGUCGACGAUGAGUCUAUGAGUUAUGAAGCAGUGUUAGGUAGGGACUUCAUGCAUACAUGCGGCAUAAAUUUCAAUUUAGAGGCCCUAAAAGAUUUCGAUGCCAUAAAAAAGAAAGAUAACGCAAAGUUUUCCGA